AAAGUUGCACAAUUUUCUGAAUCAUUUCCAUUAAAAUUAUAUGUCGCAGUGGCCUAUGCCUUGCUGCGAAAAAAUUCGAUUGUUUCGAAAAACGUGCGCGUUCUGUCAGUGAAUAAAACGAUUUAAUACCGGUCUCGUUUUCAAAAUGGUUCGUCAUAAUAAUACAAUUCCGAACAAUCACUUUCAUAAAAAUUGGCAAAAACGCGUUAAAACGUGGUUUAACCAACCUGCCAAAAAGAACCGCCGUAGGUUGAACCGUGAUAGGCGUCAGAAAAAAUUAGCUCCGAAACCUGUCGAUCUUUUACGUCCAAUUGUGAAUUGCCCAUCGGUGCGUUACAAUUCCAAGAAGAGAAUUGGACGAGGAUUUACCUUGCGAGAAAUAAAAUCUGCCAAAAUACAUCCUGAUUAUGCAAAAAGUAUUGGAAUUGCCGUGGACUACCGAAGAAUCAAUAAAUCGGCUGAAUGUUUACAGCAGAACGUUCUGCGUCUGAAACAGUAUCUUGCUAAACUGAUCGUUUUUCCUAAAGGAAAGAUUUCGAUGCCGAAUGAAGAAUUAGUUAUAAAAGGUGUGAACAGUCUUUCCAAGCCAGUAUUGAAAAUAAAAGCAAAAGUGCCUUCUACCGAAGAAAAACAAUUCAAUGCCUUCAUUACGCUUCGUAAAGCCAGGGCAGAAAAAAGAAAUCUUGGUAGAAGAAUUAAGAGGAUGAAGAAGGCCGCGCAAGACAUUGAAUCAGGUGUUUCAACGAGAAAAAUGCGUGUAACUGAUGAUUAUGACGAUUAGAUCUCGGACAUUUAUCUAUAACUAUCAUGUUUGUUAGGAUAUAAUUAAUUACCAUUACUUGAUUUAUUGUAAAAGUUUAGGAUACAUCAUGUGUUUCUCUUUCAUUUUUGCUAUUUGAUUAGUAGCGUACUACAUAUAUAAAUCACGAAUAAAAAUUUGAAACUAUUAACGAAUUCUAAGGUCUUCCUGUAUAAACGUUGGAGUUCCAAUUAACUAAUUAGCUGUUUAAGAAUAAUUAAGCAUCCGGCGACAAAACAAAAAAGGAAAAGUAGAA